CUCAAAGCGAGGCUUGCUGCAGGGAGGAGCGAGGGGAGUGCAGUUGAGCCGAGCCGAGCAUCACAGUCCCGCAUUCAAGGAAACGGGCAAACACAGCACUUUUUUUUAGUGACUUUCCAUCAUGUUCUAGCUUUCGUGUGUUACGAGUGCUUAAUAAGAAGGAAUAAAUCUGGCCCGUGUGGAUCUUUAUGGAAGGCGUUAGUCUUUGAGGAGCUGGGAAUCUCUACCCAGUCAAGGGAGACCCCCUCAAUUGUUUCCUGCGCCAAGAACUGUAAAGACAUGGUCAUCACUCCGCAUCUGUGAUGAACAGCGAGCAGUCAGCGUGAGGAAGUGUCACGAGGAUGCUCCCGAUCUGCGCGGCCCAGUGCUGAGGGAAGGUCCGCAGAGCUGGCCCGGCGCCCGCCAUGUCGCACCAUCAACACUAUCAGCGAGGCCUGCACGGCCGCACCAUGAGCUCCGAGGACAGGAGCGCCGCCGCGCUCGUCAACAAGACCUCCACGCCGGUUCACAAGAGCGCCUCCUCCUCGUCCUCCUCCCAGCGCGACAGCCGGCAGGAGGCGGACAGCUGGGAAAUAAUCGAGGGGCUGAAAAUCGGUCAGAGCAACGUCCAGAGGCCUGACAAACACGAGGGCUUCAUGUUGAAAAAGCGGAAAUGGCCCCUGAAAGGCUGGCACAAGCGUUUUUUUGUCCUGGACAACGGUAUCCUGAAGUACUCCAAGUCUCCCAUUGACAUUCAAAAAGGGAAGCUUCACGGCAGCAUUGACGUUGGCCUGUCGGUCAUGUCCAUUAAGAAGCGGGCCCGCCGUAUCGACCUGGACACGGAGGAGCACAUCUACCACCUCAAGGUCAAAUCUCAAGACAUCUUCGAUGCCUGGGUGUCAAAGCUGCGCCACCACCGGCUUUAUCGGCAGAACGAGAUCGUGAGAUCUCCCAGAGAAGCCACCAUGCGAACGUUCCCUCCCUCUGCCGCCAUGGAGUCUCCCCAACCCGCCCCGAGUGUGGUGAACGAAAGCAAGGCCAAGCCGAGCAGCCUGCCCUGGCAGGCGGCGGCGCCCAGCAGCAGCAGCAACAGCAGCCUGCCGGCCUCCUACAGCAACGGGCAGAGCAAGGUGGCCGCUUGGCUGCAGGACUCAGAAGAGAUGGACAAGUGUGCAGAGGAGCUCGCACGCUGCCAGUCCAACCUGACCGAGCUGAGCCGCUUGUUGCAGAGUCUGGAGAUUCUGCAGCGAACGCAGUCGGCGCCCAACUUCACGGACAUGCAGACCAAUUGCGUAGAAUUGUCAAAGAAAGAAAAACGCUUGAACAGAAGAUGGAGAACAAAAAGUGUCGGCAAAGACGCAAAAUUCCAGCUCCAGGUUCCUCUGUCCGCCAGCAUGUCCCCCGUCCGCCUCCACUCAUCCAACCCCAACCUGUGUGCAGAGCUGGUGGACUUCCAGCCCCCCGUGUCCCGCCUGACGGACAGCGUGGAUUGCGCCAGCGACUACAUCAAGCUCCAGGAGGAGUUCUGCACCAUGGCCCAGAAAGUCCACUCCCUGCUGAAGUCGGCCUUCAACACCGUGGCCAUCGAGAAAGAGAAGAUCAAACAGAUCCUGUCUGACCAGGAACAGUCGGACCAGUCGGCCCAGAUCAACUCUCUCAGGAAGUCUCUGUCGCAGGCCCUGACCCAAAACGCAGAGCUUCGAACUCGACUCAACCGCAUCCACUCCGAGUCCGUCCUGACCGAGCAGGUGGUCAGUGUGAACAUCAUCUCCACGCCCGACGAGGCCGGGGAACAGAUGGGGAUCCCUCUGACUCAGCAGGCCUCUAAUGAGAGUCGACUCUCCAUGUCAGAGUCCGUCUCGGAGUUCUUUGACGCCCAGGAAGUGCUCCUCUCAGCCAGCUCGUCGGAGAACGAGGGCUCAGACGAUGAGUCAUAUGUCAGUGAUGUGAGCGACAACAUCUCCGAGGACAACGCCAGCGUGACCGACAACGUCUCCAGACAAAUGGCCAACGGGGACUUUGCUGGCAGCGCUUUCCGCAACGGGCGCCGCAUCUGCCUGCCGGCGCCGUGCCCGGACACCAGCAACAUCAACCUCUGGAACAUCCUGAGGAACAACAUCGGCAAGGACCUGUCCAAGGUGUCCAUGCCCGUGGAGCUCAACGAGCCGCUCAACACCCUGCAGCGCAUGUGCGAGGAGCUGGAGUACAGCGAGCUGCUGGACAAAGCCGCCGAGACCGAGGACCCCUUCGAGCGCAUGGUUCUCGUCGCCGCGUUCGCCGUCUCAGGCUACUCAUCCACUUACUACAGAGCAGGAAGCAAGCCAUUCAACCCGCUACUCGGAGAGUCUUAUGAAUGUAUACGGGAAGACAAGGGCUUCUGUUUCUUCUCUGAGCAGGUGAGCCACCAUCCUCCCAUCUCCGCCUGCCACUGUGAGUCCAAGAACUUCACCUUCUGCCAAGAUGUGAGAUGGAAAAACAAGUUCUGGGGAAAAUCAAUGGAGAUUCUACCGAUCGGAACUGUAAAUCUGAUGAUUCCCAGGUUCGGGGAUCACUACGAGUGGAAUAAAGUCACCACCUGCGUGCACAACAUCCUCAGCGGACGGCGGUGGAUCGAACACUACGGAGAGAUCACCAUCAGAAACACCAAGAGCAGCGCCUGCCUCUGCAAGCUCACCUUUGUCAAGGGAAACUACUGGAGUUCCAACGUGAACGAGGUUCAGGGGUUCGUGAUGGAUCAAGAGGGGAAAGUGAUCCACAGACUCUUCGGGAAAUGGCACGAAGGCCUUUACUGUGGCGUCCCACCGUCCGCCAAAUGCAUCUGGAGGCCAGGCUCCAUGCCCACAGACUAUGAGCUCUACUACGGCUUCACCAGAUUCGCCAUCGAGCUGAACGAGCUCUGCCCCGAGUUGAAAGACGUCUUACCGCGUACGGACGCUCGAUUCAGACCCGAUCAAAGGCAUUUAGAAGAAGGGAAUCUGGAGAUGGCGUCCUCGGAGAAGCAGCGCAUCGAGGACAUGCAGAGAGCCCGGAGGAAGUGGAACGAGGAGAACAACAUCAAGCACGAGCCGCGCUUCUUCAAGAAGGUGGUUGACGCCAAUCACAGGGAGCGAUGGGUCUCCAACAACACGUACUGGGAGCUGCGCAAAAACCCCGGCUUCAUCAACAUGGAGGAGGCUGUGAGCCUGUGGUAGCACGAGGGCCGCCCAGUCCGCCGCCGCCGGGGGGCCGAGGCCGUUACCUAUGCACAAAAAGGUGUGGAGAGAGAGAGAGAGAGAGAGAGAGAGGAGACCUGAGCGAUGGCCUGACGCCCAGCCGCCUCGUCAGGGUCGUGCGGCGCCCGCCGUGCCGCCAUCCACCCGUGGAAACAUCCCGUAGGACCACCUUCAUUGUGCUUUGUGGGAAGCUGGGUCGUCGGGGCGACAGCGGCACCACUUCCCGUGUAGAUCUCUCCUCAGCUCCUCUGACUUCCUGGUUUGUCCUUGCCUUAAAAAGACGCGUCCGAGUCAAACGAUUAGGCACCUUUUUAGUUAAAGCCAUUUGAUUUCUGACAGCAGUUUGAUUAGACUAGACUAGGAAGUAGACCUUUUGAUUAAUGUGCAUGUUUAGAGAGCAGCUUUCACUGACAUGAAGCCGUAUUUACUAUAUCACCAGUUAUUGUAGAAGAAAAAAAAAAAAAGAAGAGGUAUUUUUAUAAAAUAUCUUGAAUUUAGUGAGAGAGAAUUAUGUGAUUUGGCAGAUCCUAUUUAUUUUUUGCCUUUUAAUACUGUUGAAUCUGUGAGAUAGCAGUACGCUCUUCUGGGAAACAGCCCACACCCGUUCUGUUGUGGUCUCUCGGCCACAUAACGCCGUUUGGAUGUAGUGUAAAUAGAGGACGACCUCACACCUCCCCUGCACCACCGUCUAAUUUUAAACAUUUGUUACGUGAAACCGACUCACACACCGUUACAUAAAUACACUCACGGCUCCCUCCAUAUAUAGUGGGCAUUCAGCCCACUCUCCUCCCCGAUAAACAAGUCACACACGUGAAACGUGUCCUCAGAAAAUACAAAGCAGCAGAUUGUACAGACUGGAAAUCACUGAUGGUGGUUUGGCCCUAAGUUAUUUUUAAUUAGAAGUGAAAAUUUAAAACGAAAAGUGGGGGAAAAAGAGCCCUGUGGAGCCACAGCAUGAAGCGACUUUAAAUUAUUAAGACUUUUUAAUCCUUAAAUGAGUCAUUCGAAACGUUCAUCCACCGAAAAGAAAGAAAUAGGAGUGUCUAUGUUCAGGAAAUGAUCUGUAUUUGUUGUUCAAUCAUCCAUCUAAUGAAUCAAUCGCGAGGCGAUCAAUACCAAUGAAGUCAUAACUGAGAGAUAUUAUGUCAUGCUCCAUGAUUUAAUCACAGAUCUGAAGGUGAGCCUCCAGAGACACCUGCAGGUCGUCCUGCUGAAAUGCAGAGAUGUCUAACAUGUUGGUACGGUCUAAAAAGAAAAAAAAAAAAAAAGAUACUGUGAGAUUCUUACAGCUGAUUCCCUGAGAAUUUACUGCUAUGUCGAGCACCAGUUCGUUUUCUCAACUGUAAUAUUUAUUGCAAAGCAGAUUAGCUUUAAUGUUUGGAUUAGCGCCCCCUGCCUCCCUCCUUCUGUUCUCAGUAAAUGUGGGCCCCCUUUUCAAAGCUGGAGCCCGGCUCUCUGGUCACACACACACACACACACACACACACACACACACACACACACACACACACACACUGUUCUGGUGUGAGUGCAAACAUGAGGAGUGACGGCUGUGCGCAGCAGACCCAUCGUCGUGUGUGCACUGUUCACUCGGUACUGUAGAUUACAAACCAAAAAGGUAGUACUGCUUUGCAUUUGUGUAUUUUUUUUAUUUUUAAGCAAAAGGAGAAGAAAAAAACAAAACAACUGGCGUGCAUAUUUUCUUUUCCUCCUCGAUGCUACAAUUUGUCAGUUUCACUUGCUGUGCCUUAAUGCAUUUAUCAAUGCCUCACAAACACAACUGAUGAUGAGAAUCCCAUGCCAAGACGAAGGUAUGCCACUAACGAGUCCACACACACACACACACACGCGCGCACACACACUCAUCCCCCACCGUCCAGGACUCCUCUGCACAGAAGAGUUUGAUCAGACUGUGAAAUGCUUGCAGCAUUUUUAAGAAGCUCUGCGCCGCCGCGGUCCGGUUCAUGUAGGCGAUCACUGUAAACACAGCACAUUUCCACGAAGGAGCACGACUGCUGGAGCUCUUCUCCUCCGUCCGAGUGGAAGGAGGAGAGUUUGGUAUCAGAGUCAAAAUAUAGUGGAGAAAACCCCCCACAAAAAGAGAGAAAACCUCAAGCUUUCUUCAUCCAUCCUUCUACCUGCAUGUCUAGACAACUUAGCUUGCCAAUGAAUGUUGCAGAUGCCUUACAGAAAUAAAAAAAAAAAAAAAAAAAAAGAAAAGAAAAGUUUUUGUUUCCCCAAU